CUUUAGUCUUGCCCGUUUGACGCUUCGAGUCCUUGAAGAAAAAGAUAAAGCUUUUUUCUACCCAAAACAGUUUUCAGUUGUCUCCAUGGCUGCCAUUUUUACCAUCUGUCUACCAACCAGCCUUUUAUUCAUUUAGCUCUAUGGGUUUUUUUUUUCAAUAAAUGAAAAAGAUGGAAAUUCCAGCUGGUGUGGAUUCCCCCCUUGUCUUUUUCAUUUGAUCUCUGAGUUUAGGCUUUGGGAUUUUGUAAAAACAACGAAGGAUCCGCUUUAUCAUCUUCAGGGAACACAGACACAAGAGAAAGCUUCGUUUUUUUAGCUACAAAACCUUUCUUCUUCUUCUUGUUUAACUUUUGUUCAAAUUGGGUUUCAUGUUACAAAAUCUGGGUUGUGCUUCUUUUUUGCUUGUCAAGUUCAACUGAUUUGAUGAUUUUCUUUGAGUUUUAGUGCAAACCCAUGAAGAAUUUUUACUGGUUUAAGCAAAUCUCAAACAAUGUUAAGUUGGAGAGGAGGCUUUCACUCGGAGAAUACAAAAGAGCCGUGUCUUGGUCCAAGUAUUUGGUUUCCUCCGGUGCUGAGAUAAAAGGAGAAGGUGAAGAGGAAUGGAGUGCAGACAUGUCGCAGUUGCUUAUCGGCAACAAGUUCGCUUCAGGUAGACACAGUAGGAUUUACAGAGGGAUAUAUAAGCAAAGGGAUGUGGCAAUUAAAAUCAUCAGCCAGCCUGAGGAGGAUGAGAAUUUAGCUAACUUUCUUGAGAACCAGUUCAUAUCCGAGGUGGCUUUACUUUUUCAUCUGAGGCAUCCCAAUAUCAUCACUUUUGUUGCAGCUUGUAAGAAGCCUCCUGUUUUCUGUAUAAUCACUGAGUAUCUUGCGGGUGGAUCAUUAAGAAAGUACCUGCAUCAGCAAGAGCCAUACUCAGUCCCACAUGAUUUAGCUCUAAGAUUAGCUCUUGAUAUUGCACGUGGGAUGCAGUAUCUUCAUUCACAAGGAAUACUUCACAGGGAUCUCAAAUCAGAAAAUUUACUCCUUGGAGAAGAUAUGCGAGUGAAGGUGGCAGAUUUUGGCAUUUCGUGCUUAGAAUCUCAGUGUGGUAGCGCAAAGGGAUUUACAGGUACUUAUCGGUGGAUGGCGCCUGAAAUGAUCAAAGAGAAACAUCAUACAAAGAAAGUUGAUAUUUACAGUUUUGGCAUUGUCCUCUGGGAGCUUUUAACUGCUCUAACACCAUUUGACAACAUGACUCCGGAACAAGCUGCAUUUGCAGUCUGCCAAAAGAAUGCAAGACCGCCGCUACCCUCCUCAUGUCCCCCUGCGUUUAGUCAUCUCAUCAGCCGAUGCUGGUCAAGCAAUCCCGAGAAGAGACCACCGUUCAAUGAGAUAGUUUCGAUUUUGGAAAGUUAUGCCGAGUCUCUCGAAGAGGAUCCGGAAUUUUUUAAAACUUAUAAACCCUCUUCAGGUAGUAGAUGCCUACCAAAAUGUAUUGGUGUUGCCUUUUAGAAAACCUAAGAUGUAUGUGUGUGAUGCUA